CUGAUGUAUCACUGCAGUUUGUAGUAAAGAGAAAAGAUGGAUAUUUUCUCUAUGCUCCUGCCUCUCCUAAUACUGACUCUUGGAUUCAAUUCUGCUCACGGUUCAUCGUGUAUAGAAAAAUGCAAAUUCGACAAACCUUGUAACAAGACUGAUUUCGUCCAGAACACCCCGUGUUCUUAUUCCUGCGUCUGUGAUGGAGAGUACACUUACUAUGUGGAAGAAACCUUCACAGAAUGCGGAAGGGGAAAACGGUGCUACCAAGGCGAAUGCCUCAAUGAAGUGCCAAACCGUUGCCAAAAUUACUAUGGAAGUGAUUAUCGUGGACUUUUGAAUCCGAGCAAUCCUUGCGUCUAUUACUGUUUAAACGUCUAUUCACCUUGCAUAAUUUAUGAAGAAAAUGUUGCCAACGGCGGAAGGUGUUAUACAUACUCAAACACUGCAGGGAAUUGCUUCAAAGGAAGAUGUGUAGAAGACGGAAGAAGAGCUAACGCUGCAUCAAGAGCAGCAGCUGCAUCGGAUAGAGGGGGAUCAGUCGCUGCAUCAGGAUCAUCAGCUGCUGCAGACGGAAGAGGAGCUAGCGCUGCAUCAGGAGCAGCAGCUGCAUCGCAAAGAGGGGGAUCACUCGCUGCAUCAGGGUCAACAGCUGCUGCAGACGGAAGAAGAGCAAACGCUGCAUCAGGAGCAGCAGCUGCAUCGCAAAGAGGGGGAUCACUCGCUGCAUCAGGAUCACCGGCUGCUGCAGACGGAAGAGGAGCUAGCGCUGCAUCAGGAGCAGCAGCUGCAUCUCAAAGAGGAGGAUCACUCGCUGCAGCAGGAUCAACAGCUGCUGCAGACGGAAGAAGAGCAAACGCUGCAUCAGGAGCAGCAGCUGCAUCGCAAAGAGGGGGAUCACUCGCUGCAUCAGGAUCAACAGCUGCUGCAGACGGAAGAGGAGCUAGCGCUGCAUCAGGAGCAGCAGCGGCAUCGGAUAGAGGGGGAUCACUCGCUGCAUCAGGAUCAUCAGCUGCUGCAGACGGAAGAGGAGCUAGUGCUGCAUCGCAAAGAGGGGGAUCACUCGCUGCAGCAGGAUCAACAGCUGCUGCAGACGGAAGAAGAGCAAACGCUGCAUCAGGAGCAGCAGCUGCAUCGCAAAGAGGGGGACCACUCGCUGCAUCAGGAUCAUCAGCUGCUGCAGACGGAAGAGGAGCUAGCGCUGCAUCAGGAGCAGCAGCUGCAUCUCAAAGAGGGGGAUCACUCGCUGCAGCAGGAUCAACAGCUGCUGCAGACGGAAGAAGAGCAAACGCUGCAUCAGGAGCAGCAGCUGCAUCGCCAAGAGGGGGAUCACUCGCUGCAUCAGGAUCAACAGCUGCUGCAGACGGAAGAGGAGCUAGCGCUGCAUCAGGAGCAGCAGCUGCAUCGGAUAGAGGGGGAUCACUCGCUGCAUCAGGAUCAUCAGCUGCUGCAGACGGAAGAGGAGCUAGCGCUGCAUCGCAAAGAGGGGGAUCACUCGCUGCAGCAGGAUCAACAGCUGCUGCAGACGGAAGAAGAGCAAACGCUGCAUCAGGAGCAGCAGCUGCAUCGCAAAGAGGGGGACCACUCGCUGCAUCAGGAUCAUCAGCUGCUGCAGACGGAAGAGGAGCUAGCGCUGCAUCAGGAGCAGCAGCUGCAUCUCAAAGAGGGGGAUCACUCGCUGCAGCAGGAUCAACAGCUGCUGCAGACGGAAGAAGAGCAAACGCUGCAUCGCCAAGAGGGGGAUCACUCGCUGCAUCAGGAUCAUCUGCUGCUUCAGACGGAAGAGGAGCUAGCGCUGCAUCAGGAGCAGCAGCUGCAUCUCAAAGAGGGGGAUCACUCGCUGCAGCAGGAUCAACAGCUGCUGCAGACGGAAGAAGAGCAAACGCAGCCUCAGAAGCAGCAGCUGCAUCGGAUAGAGGGGCAUCACUCGCUGCAUCAGGAUCAUCAGCUGCUGCAGACGGAAGGGGAGCAAGCGCUGCAUCAGGAGCAGCAGCUGAAUCGCAAAGAGGGGGAUCACUCGCUGCAUCCGGAUCAACAGCUGCUGCAGACGGAAGAGGAGCUAGCGCUGCAUCGCAAAGAGGGGGAUCACUCGCUGCAGCAGGAUCAACAGCUACUGCAGACGGAAGAAGAGCAAACGCUGCAUCAGGAGCAGCAGCUGCAUCGCAAAGAGGGGGACCACUCGCUGCAUCAGGAUCAUCAGCUGCUGCAGACGGAAGAGGAGCUAGCGCUGCAUCAGGAGCAGCAGCUGCAUCUCAAAGAGGAGGAUCACUCGCUGCAGCAGGAUCAACAGCUGCUGCAGACGGAAGAAGAGCAAACGCUGCAUCAGGAGCAGCAGCUGCAUCGCCAAGAGGGGGAUCACUCGCUGCAUCAGGAUCAUCUGCUGCUGCAGACGGAAGAGGAGCUAGCGCUGCAUCAGGAGCAGCAGCUGCAUCGGAUAGAGGGGGAUCACUCGCUGCAUCAGGAUCAUCAGCUGCUGCAGACGGAAGAGGAGCUAGCGCUGCAUCAGGAGCAGCAGCUGCAUCGCAAAGAGGGGGAUCACUCGCUGCAGCAGGAUCAACAGCUGCUGCAGACGGAAGAAGAGCAAACGCUGCAUCAGGAGCAGCAGCUGCAUCGCAAAGAGGGGGAACACUCGCUGCAUCAGGAUUAACAGGUGCUGCAGACGGAAGAAGAGCAAACGCUGCAUCAGGAGCAGGAGCUGCAUCGCAAAGAGGGGGAUCACUCGCUGCAUCAGGAUCAACAGCUGCUGCAGACGGAAGAAGAGCAAACGCAGCCUCAGAAGCAGCAGCUGCAUCGCAAAGAGGGGGAUCACUCGCUGCAGCAGGAUCAACAGCUGCUUCAGACGGAAGAAGAGCAAACGCUGCAUCAGGAGCAGCAGCUGCAUCGCAAAGAGGGGGAUCACUCGCUGCAUCAGGAUUAACAGGUGCUGCAGACGGAAGAAGAGCAAACGCUGCAUCAGGAGCAGGAGCUGCAUCGCAAAGAGGGGGAUCACUCGCUGCAUCAGGAUCAUCAGCUGCUGCAGACGGAAGAGGAGCUAGCGCUGCAUCAGGAGCAGCAGCUGCAUCUCAAAGAGGGGGAUCACUCGCUGCAGCAGGAUCAACAGCUGCUGCAGACGGAAGAAGAGCAAACGCAGCCUCAGAAGCAGCAGCUGCAUCGGAUAGAGGGGCAUCACUCGCUGCAUCAGGAUCAUCAGCUGCUGCAGACGGAAGGGGAGCAAGCGCUGCAUCAGGAGCAGCAGCUGAAUCGCAAAGAGGGGGAUCACUCGCUGCAUCCGGAUCAACAGCUGCUGCAGACGGAAGAAGAGCAAACGCUGCAUCGCAAAGAGGGGGAUCACUCGCUGCAUCAGGAUCAUCAGCUGCUGCAGACGGAAGAGGAGCAAGCGCUGCAUCAGGAGCAGCAGCUGCAUCGCAGAGAGGGGGAUCACUCGCUGCAUCAGGAUCAACAGCUGCUGCAGACGGAAGAAGAGCAAACGCUGCAUCAGGAGCAGCAGCUGCAGGAGAUAGAGGUGUAGGGAUAGGAAUUGGAGCUGGAAGAGGAAGGGGAAGUGGGUACGCCGCAAUCUCUGGAUCAGUAGCUGGGGCAGGAAGAGGAUUAGGAAGUGUAGCAGCUUUUGGACAUGAAUCAGGAGAAGGAACCGUUUACGGAUCAAGAGUCGGAACAUUAAGAAGCGGAAUUACAAGAGGAUCAAAUGUCAUCUACAAUUACAACGACGCUGGUAAUUCUGCCUUCUCAGGCAGUUACGCAAACAACGGAGAAAGGGGAGGCAACUACUUCUACGAAACACCGGAUUACUCAGCUGACACAGGAGAAGGAGGAGCAAGCAGUUACUCACAAAGCAGUAACUUUAAUAAUGAAUAUGGAGGAUUUUUGAAUGGCCCGAUAUAUUCGAGUUAUAUAGAUCCAUCGGUUGGUGACUAUGAUUACGAAAUUUAUUAG